UAGGCAGUGUUAGAUGAUGCUGUUUUCCUGCUUCCGUGAGGUUUUUAAAAACGUUCCUGCAAUAUAACACAUGCAAUUUUAAUCUAGAAGCAAUUGCAGUAAUGUGAAGUUUUUCGAUGGCAGCUUGUUGAAUGUUUAUAAUUUAUUUUUCAUUUAAUUUAAUGAGGAAGUAAACAUCCGCUCUAUUUUGUCGUUUUCAAUUAAUGUUGCUUUUUAGGUCACUGUAAGAUGGCUUUAAAAUGUUCAGCAGAAAAAGUGAUUUUAGAAGAUUUGUUUUAUUCUUAUCCUGCUAUAUCAUUUCCUUGUGAAUUAAGUUUGACAGAAAAGAUUUUAACUAUUCAUUUUACUUUGAAAGGCAAAACUGAUGUAGAAAUGAUAGAUUUAAGCGAUAUUGUAGGAUGUCAUGUUUUCCGUGGGAAAAGCAAAUUAAAAAAUGAAUCUGAAGAUUCUUCUGCAUACAUAUGUAUCUACUCUUAUCCGCUCAAAACAUCGGCUGGCAUCUUAAGUAAGCAGCUUCGCCGUGAACGAAGAGUAUUAACAUUUCAAAUGCGAAAAUUUGAAACACAGAAUGAAAAUUUAAAAGUGGUCAAUAAGUGGCGGCGGGCAAUCUUGUGUCUAAUUAGAGGAAUAUCGUGUAUUAAAGAGGAUGAAAUUUACAUUCCAGAUGUUUGUCCACAUGCUAGAAAAUUUCUUAUACUUGUUAAUCCCAGAAGUGGCCCUGGAAAAGCAUGCCAGAUAUUUAAAGAACGUGUGGUUCCACUUCUGACAGAGAGUGAUAUCUCAUAUGAGCUUCUUGUCACAGGUAAAAAAAAUACUUUUUUAAUGUAUUAAAUUUUUAUUUUAAAUUUCAGAAACUCACUGA